AUGGGGUUAUUGGGAAAGUUCUUCAGGUUCCUCCUAUUGGGGCAUUGCUGUAAACCAACAACCACUGGCGGCGACUCUGAGUCGCUUCGCCCUCACGGCAUCUCUGCUGCCACACACGGCAUUUGGGCUCUUGCCUACGACCUUUUCAACUUCGAGAUCACCUGUCAAGUCCCAGAAGAUCUCAGUCAGCAUGUUGUCUCAUCCAAGAAGGCUCAAGCUAACUGGUAUAGAAAACUAGUUGAGACAUGGAGAGAAGCAAAACAACCACCAAGAUCAGAGGAAGAGGCAGCUAGGCUUGGCUUAUUGGAUUUCUGUGGUCUCCCUCGUCCCCAUUCUCUUGUCAAAGUUUCUGCUGGGGUCCCAACUUCAUUGCCUCGAGGAGUAAAGUUUGAGUUCCGGACACUACCAGUUGAUGCAAAAGCUGUUCCAGAUGGCGAUGGAGUGACAGUUUAUGUCAGCACAGCAGAUCCCAGAGAAUCCUCCUGUGUUCCGAGCGAUGUGCAGAUAGCAGCCAUCCAAAGAUCAGAAGCACGCGCUGAUAAGAAUUAUACUAAGGCAGAUGAACUUCACCAAAAAAUCAUUGAUGCUGGAUAUCGGGUACUGAAUGUUCAAAACGAGGAGAUCCUUGCUCGAAAGUAUCGAAUUCGACUGAGGGGCAUAGAUGCACCGGAGACUUUAAUGCCGUAUGGACAAGAAGCCAAAGAGGAGCUGGUUAAGCUUCUUGAGGGCAUGUGCUUGAGGGUCCUUGUCUAUGGGGAAGACCGUUAUGGCCGCUGUGUGGCUGACGUAUACUGCAAUGGCAUAUUUGCACAGGAAGUAAUGCUCAAGAAGGGUGCUGCAUGGCAUUACACAGCCUACGAUCAGCGCUCUGAAUUUGCAAGAUGGGAAGAAGAGGCUCGGCGGAAUCAAAUUGGGUUAUGGGCUUCAUCAAACCCUGAGAAGCCAUGGGAUUGGAUAAGCGUGAAAGACAGUUGA